AUGAAAAACCAACCAAAAAAACCAGAAGUAAAAAUUAUGCAUCGAAAUCCCGAGGAUUACAAAAAUAACACGAUGCGGUCAAAUUUUAUGCAUGUGAGAAAUUUUGAUAAAAACAUCCAUCUUUUUCAAAGAGAAAUUGAAUAUAAAAGAGCUUUAAAUGCAACAAAGAUGGAUAAAAUUUUUGCUAAGCCUUUAGUUAAAUGCUUAGAUGGGCACGAUGACUCUAUUAGAAGUAUUUGUGUUUCAAAUAAAAAUUUAACAGAUUUGUAUAGUGGUAGUUGUAAUGGAUUUAUAAAUAUAUGGAAUAUAUUUAAUGAAAAGUUAAUGAGGAAAUUAAAAGCGCAUGAUGGAUUUGUUAGAGGCUUAUGCAUUAGCUAUGAUGAAAAAUAUUUAUUUAGUUGUGGAGAUGAUAAAUAUAUAAAACAAUGGGUUAUCGAAAAAAAUAAAAAUAUAAAUGAAUUAAAUGAAGAUGAUACAGAACAACAAAAUUUACAUAAUUUAGAUUAUUUAGAAAAUGAAAUAGUUCCUAAAAAAAUUUAUGUAUGCAAAAGUGUACCUAAUAGUAUUGAUAAACAUUUUUCUGAACCACUAAUAAUCUCAGGUAGCCAAACAUUAGAUGUAUGGGAUUAUUAUCGAAACAAUGCUAUAGCUAGUUUUGAUUACAAUAGCGAAUAUAUAUAUUAUGUCAAAUUUAAUUAUUCUCAAAGAAAUUUAGUUGGUUUAACGUUAUCAGAUAAUUCUAUAGGCUUAGUAGAUAUAAAAAGCAAAACUCCUAUUCAAAAACUAUUUUUAAAAUAUCGAAGUAAUUCAUUAAGUUGGAAUAAUAUGAACCCAAAACAAUUUAUUGUUGCAAAUGAAGAUUCAAAUCUCUAUACAUUUGAUAUUAGGUAUUUAAAAACUGCUUACCUUGUUCAUAAAGGUUUUGUAAAUGCAGUUUUAGAUGUAGAUUACUCACCAAUUGGAAAUAAAUUUGUUGCAUGCUCUUAUGAUAAAACUAUAAGGCUAUUUAAUAGUGACGAACCUCAAAGUUAUGAUGUAUAUCAUACUAAAAGAAUGCAGCAUGUUCUAUGCUGUAAAUAUACGUUAGAUUCUAAAUAUAUAUUAACAGGAAGCUCUGACAUGUGCAUACGAAUAUGGAAAUCUUGUUCUCAUGAACCUUCUGGGGUACUUUCACAUAAAGAAAAACAAGCCAUAAAUUAUAGAAAUAAAUUAAAAGAAAAAUAUUCAUCAUUAAAAGAAAUUAAAAGAAUCAGGCAACACCAUCAUGUGCCUGCUCUAAUUAAAAGUAUGUCCGAUAAAAAAAAAAUUAUGUUGGAUGCAAAAAAAAGAAAAGAAAAAAACAGAAUACAGCACUCAAAAAACAAAGAUCAAUUACCCAUCCCCGAAAAAAAAAAAAUAUUUGUCACGGAGCAGUAG